UUCAGAAAUUAAACUGACUCUGGUUAAUUUGAAUUCAUCUAAUAAAACAAAACUAUUUCCUUUUUUUUUUUUGGUCAGGUUAUCUUUCCUACUUACUUAUAUUGGCUAUUGGUUAAUUUCUUCAAAUUUUCCCUUGAAGCACAUUCUGAGCUUUCUGAGCUAACUACUACAUUCCUUUCAUCCUUCACACACAAAAGGCCCGUCACCUACCUAAAAAGGAAAAAAUGUGGCGCAACAUAGGCAUGAAUCAAUAACAUUGCUAUAAAUACCAUGCAAAGUGAAAUUAUAUUUCAUUCAUUAUUACACAAACACAAUAGAUUCAAGCAAAACUUAAGCUUUUCACAAUGGCUUUCUGGUUUAUACUCCUCCUUACACUCUUUGCAGUUGGUGAAUCUCAAUCCACCACUACAUUUAACCAAACUGACCUGCAGACAGCCAUGUCCGACAUGCGAAGUCGGUCUUAUUAUGGAUUUGUCAUCCUCCUCAAAAUCCUCAACAGCCAGCCCAACUCGCUGCAAAACAAUGAUCUCACAUUCCUAAUGCCAAAUGAUGAAGAUUUAUCUAAAUUCUCAAUAAGCACAGAUGAGCUCCAUGAUUUCCUACUUAGCCAUUCUAUUCCAACACCAUUACUGCUCAAUCAUCUAUUGCAUUUUCCAAAUGGCUCAGUAGUUCCCUCUGGCCUUCCAAACAAGGUGAUCAGCAUCACCAACAGUGGAAGAUCAGGCUUGUUUGUCAACAAUGCAAAGAUUGUCACACCAAAUGUGUGCCAAAGCUCUCUAAUAAGGUGCCAUGGAAUCAGUGCUGCUUUGACAUUUGACAGCAUUGUUCAUUUUAGCAGAGUUCCAGAACCUAAGAAUCCCUCAAAGAACAGUAAUGAGACAAACUCAGCCCCAUCUAUUCAAAAAAUGAGUAUCACACCCUUCAAUUGAGACAAGAAAAGUAAUUGUUAUUAAGAUGUAAUGUAAUGCGGUUUUAUGAAAUAACAAGAUGACCCUUUAACUUUGUCUCCACGUAAAAUCUAUUUAGCUUUCUCUAGACGUAGGGAUGGUUCAACACACAUAGGACAUAUAAAAUAAGACUAGUAUAAAUAUACUGAAUAAAUAAUUGGACUCCACAAAUUAAGCAACAAUUAAUAAUUUGUCAACGAAGCAUAUUCAUACAUACACUGCAUAGAACAACCCUUGUUUCAAA